UCUCUCGUUUCUCAUCUUCUCCUCCCUCAGAAAAAAAACCCAAGUCAAUUCACUGAUUUCCCAAAUCCCUGAUUCUCUUUUUGAUUUCAUACUGAAUCCUCACAAACCCUAGCUUUAGUUCAAGUGGAAACCCUUAAUUUCAUCACUGAUUUUUGUAUCUUCACAAAGACAGCAACAAGUUUCUUCCCAUUAAACUCCUACAAAAGAAUCCCUCCCAUAAACAUAGAAUCUCCGUCAAAUCUUCAGGGCAUGUUCUUCAGUUAAUUUUGAUUACCCAGUCAAAUCGUUAAACCGAUUUCGAAUCUGACUUCAGAUUAAUUCUCUGUAUGUUGUAUUCUGAAUUAACCAUAAAAUGUUUUCGUAUUCAAAAUCCUUUAAAAAUUACAAUUUCCUAUCUUAUGGAGGAAGUCAGAGUAUAUCGGAUUUUUGUCAGAAAUGAUCGGAGGAUAGAAACUGAUUUGUUAAUUGGGUUUGAUGGAAGGAUUCGGAUGUUUGGGAAUCUAUCUGCAGCUGGAAUAUGCUUUUCUCAGAUGACAAUUGGGUUCCAUUUCAAAUGGAGUCUAGAUUCUUAACGAGGUUGUUUGAAAGAGGGUAAGAAAAUGAACAAGAAGGAACUUGUGGUGAUUGUACUGGAUGAACUGUUGGUCUGGUAUUUCUGAAAGUUAUGUGCUGAACAGGUAAAAGAAAUAUUGGUGAAAGUUAUGUGCUGGUAAUGAAUUUGAGACGAAUUACAGAGAUAGAGUUUGCUAGCCUAGGGUUCAGUCAAGGUCAAAUGGAACUCUGGCGGUGCUAGAAUGGAGUUGUUGGUGGAUGAUUGCAGGUGUCUGUAAUCUGUUAAAGUUGAGGAUUUUCAAGCUCCCAUAAUUCUGACUUGGAAGUCUGCUCGAUAGGCCUCAAUUUCUGUACAAAAAUUUGUGAUUUUGCUAGUUUCAGUUUCUGUACAGUUUUUCUGAAUUUGUGUUGGUUGUCUCAAUUCUUUCACCGUUUUUCCUUUUUUCUCUUCUUUUUCUUGUAUGUUGAGCUGAAGUGAUUUUGAUUGAGAAACAUCCAUAUUUUGAGCUUGCAGGCUUCUCUAGAAGUGGAGAUUGUUGCAUAUGGAGGUAUUGCACGCUGGAAAUACAAACAAAAAUGCCUUCAAGGUACUUAUUAUUGUAGAGUACUCUGGGAUCAUCGGAGUUACAUGUUCUUCUGGUUCUGAAUCAAAUCACGUACUCGUAUUCUAAGUUUCUAACUUCUCAAAAUACAGGAGUAGGAGCAGAACUUUAUUUACUUUGAAUAGCUAAGCAGUUGUAGGCUUGAAUAGUAGGCAGUCCUCUUGCCGAUAGUUAUAUCUGAAUUCUUAAGUUCUUUAACCUGUGCUCCUUGGGGUUAUACAAAUUAUGUUUUGUUAAAGUCAAGCUGACUGGUCACUUUCUCUUCACACGGGCGUCUGCUUCUUUGGAGCCAAACUACCAGCCACUUGUUACAUUUGUUGUGGUUCAAAAAAGUCAUCACACAAGGUUGUUUGCAAAUAACCAUAAGGAUCGUCAAACAAUUGACAGGAGUGGAAAACAUAUUACCAGGGCACAAGUCGUCCUGCUCACUAUCACGUGUUAUGGGAUGAGAACAAGUUUACUGCCGAUGGGCUCCAGUCCCUCACAAAUAAUCUCUGCUACACCUAUGCGAGAUGCACUCGAUCCGUUUCAAUUGUCCCACUGGCCUAUUAUGCCCAUAUGCUGCGUUCCGUGCUCGUUUUUACAUGGAACCUGAGACAUCUGAUAGUGGAUCCAUGGCAAGUGGUGCUGCCGGUCGUGGUGGUGGAGCUGUUGCCCGCGGUGGUCCUAGGGCUCCUGGUGCGGGUGCUGGUGCAGCUGUUAGACCCCUCCCUGCUUUGAAGGAGAAUAUGAAGAAGGCUCAUAUUGAUCAAUGGAUUGAUUUUUCUGCCAUGGAGGUUGAUGCUAAUAUCUUGCGCUGGUUUAUCCCAAGAAUUAGGUUUGCUCCAUACGUCCAAAUAAAGGUUGCCUUCAGGACAAAGGUAUUCCACCCUAAUAUUAACAGCAGUGGGAGCAUCUGUCUUGAUAUCUUGAUGAGGCAGACAAGAUGUUGGACAUGGAUUCUGAGCCACAGAUUCGGAAAAUUGUUAAUGAGAUAGGAUUAUUGCGCGUAGUUUUCCAUUUUCAGGAUCCAUUAAUUCUUUGUUCGUUGAUGUUUUAAAUUCCUGCAUGCUUUUGUGUUUUCGAACUAUGAUUUGUUAUGAACUAUUUUUUGUUUCCAGAUUUUGGGUUCUUUGAUGAUACAUAGAAACCUAAUUCAGGGUAGUAUUUGAUCCAUUCAUCUUUAGCUUUUUUACUCUAGUUACUGCAUUUGAAUGAAAUUUCUGCUUAUUAUAUUACUGUAGUUUUGUUUUGUUGUCUUUUCUUCAUUUUCUUCAUAGUAGCUACAUAAGCUUGAAUUUUGAUUAAGUUGCUUGUUUUUACAACUUGUAUGCAGAAAGAGAUGAACUAGAUCAGUGAGCAGGUUCGCCGAGGAGAAGUCAACUACACACCUGAGGAAAUAUAUGCAAUGGUUGUUGAUCCACGUCGUAUAGGGGCGAAGCGUGCUCGUAAGUCAAAAGUUGCUGCCCGUUUCAGUUUAUAUGAGAAAAAUGAAGCACGGAUGGUUGCUCUCCAAGAACAGUUGGACUCUGAAAAGAAGAAAGUUGCGAAACAAGACAAAGAAAUCUCAAAGCUUCAAAAGAUGGAGCGUAAUCUCAGAGAGUACCUGGAUGAUGUUUUGCAGAAGCUUGGUUGUCAACCUGUGCCAGAUUAUUCAGAAGAUGAGUCCCAAGAUGAAGGUGAACAUGAAGUUGAUGAUCGAUUUACUUGGGAUGAUGUGCAAGAAGACGAGAACAACUAUGCUGGGGACGAUGAUGACUUGCAAGAAGAUGAGAACAACUAUGUUGGGGACGAUGAUGAUUUGCAAGAAGAUGAGAACAACUAUGUUGGGGACAAUGAUGAUUUGCCAGUAAAUGGAUGUGCCGAUGAUAAUCAAGAGAAUGAAUUGUCUGGGGAGGAUGAAUAGACUGAAUGUUGAAUGUGCAGUUUUAUUUUGGUGAACAUACAGGUCCAUUACCUUCACUGGCUCUUUUUGUUAUUUUUUUGUUUGGACCUAUAUGCUUGGGUUGGGAUACUGAAAUACAUACAACGUCUAAUUAAAGAAUGGUUUUUAUAAUUGGAAGUGGAUAAUUAUAAUUAUAAAAUCUUAA